AUGGAGUUGAAGCACUUCAUCCACGAACUCUGCCUAAACCCCAGACAUACAAAAUGGAUUGCACCGCUUCUUGUCAUAGGCGAUGCCUUCCUAUGUGCUCUUAUCAUCUGGAAGAUCCCAUAUACUGAGAUCGACUGGACGACGUACAUGCAGCAGAUAGCGCUUUACAUCUCUGGCGAACGUGACUAUACCCUGAUCAAGGGGUCCACUGGACCCCUUGUAUACCCGGCCGCCCACGUAUAUAGCUACAUGGCACUCUAUCACCUAACAGAUGAAGGCCGAGAUAUUCUUUUCGGGCAGAUAUUAUUUGCUGUCCUUUACCUUGUCACGCUAGCAGUUGUGAUGGUUUGCUACAGGCAGUCAGGUGCCCCUCCGUACCUGUUUCCUCUUCUUGUCCUUUCCAAGCGGCUCCACAGUGUCUUUGUUUUGCGCCUUUUCAAUGAUGGCCUCGCGGUCUGUGCCAUGUGGAUAGCGAUUCUGCUCUUCCAGAAUAAGAAAUGGACGGCUGGUGUUACGGCCUGGACUGUUGGGGUUGGCAUUAAGAUGACGUUACUGCUCCUUGCGCCAGCCAUUGCGGUGGUAACUGUGCUCAGCCUUUCCCUCGUGCCUAGUAUUCGACUUGGAAUUCUAGCAUUGCUCAUUCAGGUUCUACUAGCGAUUCCCUUCCUACAGGGUAACCCCAUAGGAUACGUCGCGCGGGCCUUUGAGUUGACUAGACAGUUUAUGUUCAAAUGGACUGUCAAUUGGAGGUUUGUGGGUGAAGACUUGUUCCUAUCCAAACAGUUUUCUCUAGCCUUACUAGGUUUGCAUAUUUUUCUGCUGGGAUUAUUUGUUACCACAGGCUGGUUACGGCCGUCAGGAUCUAACGUCCCUGACUUCCUCCGGAGCCUACUCCAAGGACGCCAACGCACCGUGGUGCUUUCUAAGUCUUUCAUAAUGACCGUGAUGUUGACAUCGCUGGCGAUCGGGUUGUUGUGCGCAAGGUCCCUUCAUUACCAAUUCUUUGCCUAUCUCUCCUGGGCUACGCCUUGCCUUCUCUGGCGGGCUCGGCUCCAUCCGAUCCUUAUAUAUGCGAUCUGGGCACUACAGGAGUGGGCUUGGAAUGUCUACCCAAGCACCAAUGCCAGUUCUUCGGUCGUUGUCUUCUCACUUGCUGUUCAGGUUUUCGGUGUCCUCCUCAAUAGCAGAAACGCACUGAGCGAUGCGCCUCCGAGACGCAAAGGAAAGGAGCACAUCCAGUGA